AUGUCAGAUACGAUAUAUCAGCCUCUUCUCUGUAUGUAUACACCCCUUUCGAUCCAGGCGCGGACUUUCAAGCUGAUUAGAAGAAGGGCCCAGAGAAGUCGCGAUCACCUCCAGCCGAGUCAAGACGAGCUUGACGCCGCUUUGCAUGAGGCUCGUUAUUACUGGCAUGGCCUUGCGCAGCAAGCUAUCAUCCAAUACAGGCAUGGCCCCCCUUCUCAAUGUCUUCGGUCCGAAAAUAUGCUUGGAUAUGUCCCGGCGAUGCCGGAUAUUCAUAUAAAUCAGUGCCAUGAGGCUUUUGAUAAAGUUACAUCGAACGGCAUCCUGUACAUUAGAGCAGAGGGUGUGUGGGUUGUUUCAGAUGGCGGUGGGUGUGGCAUCGGCGGAAAGCAGAAGAUACGAGCUGCGUCCCUCCCGAUAGGUGUUCGACGGCCCACGCCUGUUUGUCUUAAGAACGAUGCCUUUCACAAAGGGGUCAGAGUGGACGGAGCUCAUGAGGUCAAUAUCAUCGGGGUACUUGCCUUGGGAUGGUCGUACAUAUUUUCGGCAGAAUUGAUCAAGAGACAAGGAUCAGGAUCGUCCAGCUUAUACUAUACCGACUCUACUGCGGAAAUAUGCCAUGGAGAGGCAGAAGCGAUCGGUAACAUAAUUGAUGUUGGCUGUGUGAGUGCGCAGGCAGCACGAUGGUGGGCAUCGCUUUUAGCACCUGGACUAGGUUGGAAAGCCACAGUGUUGCAGAGCGACGGUGUCCGCUACAUCUCGCCCUGGUCUGUGGCGCUCGACCACGACGAAGGCUUCAAGGUCAGGGUGAGUGAUUUACCAGCAAAUUCAACAAUGAAAUCCCCAAGUCCUCCAUCCUCCCAACAAGCAUUGGAGUUUCUUGUCGAACUUUGUGCGCGUUACGGUUCCCAUAGCCAACUAUUUGCCGCUCUUGUAACUGCUAUGACAUUCCCAGCACACAACUACUAUGGAACGCCAUCCAGGCUGCCUCACCUACGUGGAUCGAAUACUCUCGAAUCUCCCCAAGCCACAGCGGAUGUUAAAGAGCUUUAUUCCCAAAUCCCUUACUACAUGACGAUGAGUUGUGCCCACAACGUGACUGUUUCAAGUCUCUGCAGUGUAUUUUGGGAACCCAAAGUAUGCUGUAAUUUGGUCAGCCCAUGGCUUCAUCCUGUGCUCAAAGAAAUACCCAAUAAUUAUUCCGGCUCUCUUUCCUUCGAUGAGAUCCUCCCUUUACUUUGUGCGAUACGAUGUCCAAAUCUUGCGGCUCUCUGGCUUGGAGCCACCCUUAGUGGGCUUUCUUCCACCGUCGUUGAGCUUGUUGGCAGCGGAACCCCUCCUCUGGACACUAACGGUGCGCCAUGGACUGGUAAUCCACAGUCUUUCAUGGACGUUCCGGGUUCAGGCCCAUAUAUCAAGUCUGAUUCCAUGUAUGAUAAGCUCUUUAGGUCGGACGCCUGGCGCCUUCUCUACCUACCGCCCGCUGUCGAGGAUGACUUGCAAUACAAUAGCCCGCCAUUUUCACCAUGGCAACCUGUCGGCAUGACCGACUUCGAAUAUACAGCGAUUAGGGUGAAAGCCCAUAGAGAUUGCCCCCGUCACGAGCUGGUUUACCAUAACUGGUCAUGGGGCCUAACGAAUGGUUCGGGGUUGGAAGAUCGUGGUUAUUGUUCAGGAGCCAUGCCUCGUCACCCCUAUAAAGUAGACCCUCCUAUGGCAGCCAUGGACCACCAAACACUUCCCCUAGCAGACCAGGAAGCAUCCAUGAUGGCAUCACAAGAAGUCUUUGCGUGGGUUACUCGCAACUGUGAAGGAUAUCCUCCCGAGGAGAUAUACUCUGACCCAUGGAUACGUGAUGAUAGCGAAAGUGAAGCGUCAGAGUUUUGGACGUCUUCUAAGAGUACAAGGUCCACUGGCGGGUUAACUGGACCAUCAUAUAUUCAAGCAUAG